AUGCCCAACCUAGAAACCGUUUACCUGUACGCCGGUGAAGAACAGCCACGUGUGAAAUUGACCUGUAUCAAGGAAGGUCUCGCGCUACCGCAGGUUAUCAAGUUUGUACAUUCCAUCCAGGAAAUGUACGGCAUAGAACUGCAAACGUCCGAGACCAUAACGGAAAACCUGAAAAUAGCCUGUGCUCCUCCGUAUCUGAAGCCGAACUGUAUCCCUCAUUUCUAUAUCCUGGAGUAUGAGGAGGCCGAUGAUACUUUUUUCAUUUGGAAGUCGGACGGUCGCUGGCAACUGAACAAAGUUUCGGCCCUAUUGUAUCCAGACAGUGAUGUCAAUCUAGUCAAGAACACUUCAUGGAGGGACGUUUUUCAGAAUGACCACAGAUUUAAGAACUACGACAAACAAUCCUGGUUGCGACAAUGCCUGGAAAGGAUGAACGAGGACCUGUCAAAGUUGAACGUUGACCAAUUCUGGUCUCAAUUCGACAAGAUAUGCCACAACAUUGCCAAACAACAAAAGAACAAUGACCGGUUCAACAUGGACCUUUUCAAUACCUUCAAGAACGUGGUCUCCAUGGCUAUCCUAAAAACGAAAGUACUUUCGAAUAAACGGCUUUUAACAGCUACUUUGAGGGAUUACCACGACUCGCUGAAACAGAAACACCACGUUCGUGGCCGCGACAGCAACAGCAACGUAAAGGAAAGUAGUUCGGAAUCUUUAAAUAUCAACGGCCCUUCCACCUCAAUGGAAAGCGGCUCGAGAAACUUUUCUCCAAUAAAUUCUCUAUCCCCGUCUUCCUUGAGUACCGACGACGACACGACCCCUACAGACUACGUAUACAAGGACCUUGCAUCCAAGCCAAGUAUGGAGUUCAUGCAUUCAAGUGCUACCAACGAUCUGAUCAAGUCGAAUUUCGAGAGUUAUUUCAAGUUGAUGGCUGAAGAUUACGAAACCUUCGAUUUGAAAGCGUGGUCGAGACAAAGACCUCGUAAGUUCCAGAUUGUAGAAAGAAAAAAAAUCGCCAAAACCCCCUCCAGCAAUCGUCGUCCGCCUAAAGACGGUAAGAUAUCCUUCUAG